GGACUCUACUGCUGUAUCAUCCAGCUUCGCAUCGCGUCGAGGUGUUGAGCUACAUAUGGAUAAAAGAUCGCUUUGUCGCGUCACUGCUAUUGCCUCCCGUAACGGAGCCCCUCAAGCUCAUAUUUUGAAGGAAAAGACACCCCUGGUCGACCUGGGUCAUACGUUCUCAGUCACGAGGCUGUAUUCGUCACUCAGAACCACCCAUGUUCAAUGGCGAGCUGAAGCCUAGAUGGAAGGUGAUUGGUGUGACUUUCGAAGAAUGGAUAACCAGUCAAGUAGCCAAGCGAAAUCUCGAGUAACAGUGGCUGACCGUAGGCGACCAAGCAAAACAUUUGCUGCCUGAAUCACAAACUCUAGAACUUUUCAUACAUACUCCAUACACAGGACUUGCCCUCGUCAGCGAGCAAACAGCUUAGGUUCUCCAUCAUGCCUCCUAGCCACUCACGAAGACAGCCGAGAGCCCGCAUUUUCCAUACUUUCGGUACGUACCGGAUCUCUUUUGAGCUUUGGUGUGUGGAGUGGAGGUCGAGGGCCUGGGUCUUCUGCCUCAGGUGUCAAGGGGACCAACUCCGCAUUGCCCAUGUCACAUGACCCGUCAGUGG